AUGGAUGAUACGGCCAUCCUCAAGCGACGAGGCUACAUCAUGGGAAUAAAUUUGGGAGAAGGCUCAUAUGCAAAAGUCAAAUCCGCGUACUCCGAACGCCUGAAGUUCAACGUGGCGGUCAAGAUCAUCGAUCGAAAGAAAGCCCCUGUAGAUUUCUUGGAGAAAUUCCUUCCCCGGGAAAUUGAUAUUCUCAUCACGCUAAACCACCGCUCCAUUGUCAAGACCUAUGAGAUCUUCGAGACAUCAGAGGGCAAGGUCUACAUUGUCAUGGAGCUCGGGGUCCAGGGAGACCUGCUCGAGUUCAUCAAAACCCGGGGGGCCCUGCACGAAGAUGACGCUCGCAGGAAGUUCCACCAGCUCGCCUCGGCCAUCAAGUACUGCCAUGACCUGGACAUUGUGCACCGAGACCUCAAGUGUGAGAACCUUCUCCUCGACAAGGACUUCAAUGUCAAACUGUCUGACUUCGGCUUCUCCAAGCGCUGCCUGCGGGAUGACAGUGGCCAAGUGACCCUGAGCAGGACCUUUUGCGGGUCAGCAGCGUAUGCAGCCCCCGAGGUGCUGCAGGGCAUCCCCUACCAGCCCAAGAUCUACGACAUCUGGAGCCUGGGCGUGAUCCUCUACAUCAUGGUCUGUGGCUCCAUGCCCUACGAUGACUCCAACAUCAAGAAGAUGCUGCGCGUCCAGAAGGAGCACCGCGUCAACUUCCCUCGCUCGAAGCACCUGACAAACGAGUGCAAGGACCUCAUCUACCGCAUGCUACAGCCCGAUGUCAAUCGGCGGCUGCACAUCGAUGAGAUCCUCAGCCACUCCUGGGUGCAGCCCAAGGCCCGGAACGUGCUCUCUGCAGCCAACAAUAAGGAGGUGGCGAGCCCCCAGGGCCCUGACCCCUCUCAGACCCCUGAGCCCAGCUCUGACAAGAAGUCUGUCAGCCACCUGGAGCCCCAGGGGGAGGCCCAGCCUGAGGUGAUGCCAGAGCCAAAAGCCGAGGAGACGGUGCAAAUGCAGGUCUCGCGGCAGCUGGACACCACGAGCCUCAUCCUCACAGAGCAGCAGCCGAGCAGGGAGAAUGUGGUGGACAGGGGCUCCCCGCAGCCCCCAGACACACACACCUAG